CAAAUUAUUCUUCGGACUCCACAGCCAUGGCGAUUUCUCUCUCGACAAGUCUCUUGCCAAACACUUUCCAAUCAAAAGGGACCCACAAUCAGUGCUCAACACGUGUACUUCUUAAUCAACCAUCAAAUUUCAGUCUCAAACACUGUAAAAACGAGAACAAAAUCUCGACGCGACGGAAUCCACUGGUGGCCUCCGCUGUCUCAGGCUCAACAGGAGUCCAAUCUUCUGGAUUGAGUGAAGAUACUGUGGAUUUAUUAGAUGUGGUCAAAGUGUUUGAUUUGAACGGAAAUGGAAUUCCAAUUUCUGAUUUGUGGAAAGAUCGGAAAGCUGUUGUAGCAUUUGCUCGCCAUUUCGGAUGUGUCCUUUGUCGCAAACGGGCUGAUUAUCUUGCCUCCAAGAAGGACGAAAUGGAUAAAUCAGGUGUGGCACUUGUAUUAAUUGGUCCCGGAAGCAUUGAUCAGGCAAAAACAUUCGCAGAGCAGACUAAAUUCAAAGGAGAAGUUUAUGCAGAUCCAAACCAUUCAUCAUACGAGGCAUUAAGAUUUGUUUCUGGGGUUACAACCACAUUUACCCCCAAAGCAGGUCUUAAGAUAAUACAGUUGUAUAUGGAAGGUUACCGACAAGACUGGAAACUUUCAUUUGAGGAGGACACUGUGAAGAGAGGGGGCUGGCAGCAAGGUGGGAUUUUAGUAGCAGGUCCUGGAAAAAGGAACUUUUCAUACAUCCACAAGGACAAAGAAGCUGGGGAUGAUCCAGAGAUUGAAGACAUUUUAAAAGCCUGUUGCUCAUGAGAAAUGGGACAUCCCCUUAAAUAAAUUUGUUAUCUUCUGUAUAAAUCUUCCUUUCUUUUCCUGAAAUUACAAGCUCUGAACUCUGAUU